CUGACAGAGAAGUCAGUUUAUGUUUUAUGCUUAUUUAAUCAUUUUUAUUAAUGUAUGUUAAAUAACUUUUCAUUUGAAACUGCUUUACCAGUGCUGUUUGAAUAGAGACUUUUAUUAUGAAAAAGGCUCAAAGUGACUCAGGAAGAAAAGAUGUCUGCAGCACCACAUGGAAGAUGAAGCUUUUCUAUGUUUAAAUGUUUAUAUUUUAUCCAUCUGGAGUUAAAAAGGCCAUCAGAUGCAAGAUUAAGUUCUCCUUUUGGUAAUAAGCAGCCAAUGAAUUCUCACGGCAUUCUAAGUUGGAAGCAGUCAAUAAAUAGCCUGUCAUCAGAGAAUCCUUGUGCUCGUGAAAUUACUGGGGGGAGCUACAGUGAGAAUUCAUCUGCUCUUCACGGGUAGAAGAAGAAAAGUUUCCAAGCAGCAGUCUACAAAGUAUUAAGUUAACUCCAAGUUCCAUAAUUCUGCAUUCUACAACUACUGCAUACUCCGGUAAUCAAGAAACUAGAGACAUGUACAUCCAAAGAGUUUAAAGGCAUUGUCAAGUUAAGGCCAACAAGAAGAUAAGCACAACCAAGUUUAAGUUAAGGUGCUUAAAGUGGACUUAUUUUGUCAUUUGCUGAAAGGAGACUCUUUAACUGUGCAGUGCAGUGUUUAAAGAAGUGCUGAUGUUAUAUACUUACCGGUUUAAGUGUAAGUAAUUGUGGUUCAGGAAUCAAGCUGUAAAUAAGAUAAUAAUUGUGAAGAAUAGCAAAGUGCAAAGCCUACAAAUAACCUAAUCUAAGUGUUGCUAAAUUUCUGUUGAUUGAACUGUUAAAGUACCACUUUAACUAGAGUUAAUAAUCUAAAUUCCCAAGUUCAGUAUGAUUUAUGUUUCAUAUGCAAUUUGUCAACUAUAGUAGUCAUUAUAACUAAGAGAUACAGAAAAUGGCAGAGGGUGGUCAGUCUGCUAAAGGUGCCAAAGAUGAUAUAACAGAGACUGUGCAAUCACAGCAGCAGUUAGAAUCCCAAGAAUGUGUAGACACACAAAUAUCAGUAGCUGUUGAUAAUACAACAGAACAAAAGCCACGAAGAAGUCAAAGAGCACGCAAGUUUACAGAGAAAGGCAGAGAAUUACAUGUUGAGAAGCUUACUAAGCUUGAAAAUCACUUUCAAAGUUCUUAUGAGAAAUGGAAGGCUACUGCUAGAAAUGCUAGACAAAGACUGAUGGGCCGUCUUUCUAAUGACAUACUUCAAAGCCUCAUAGAUACCAUCAGUGAUGCUUCAAAGGAUGUAGAUACUGCUUAUGUUGACUUACGGCAAAAUGUAAGCCCAGACAGUGACAUUCGCCGCAGAGUAGACACAUGUGUUGCAGUCACAAAAAUGAUUGUUGAAUCUGCAUGGAGCCGUCUCGGUGAGGAAGCUGAGGGUCAAGAUCUUCUUAGACCAGAAGCAUGCUGUAUUGAUACAGGUUCAGUGUUCUCAUCCAUAGCCUCCAAAUCAAGUCAUGGACAUUCCAGGUCCUUUUCUCAGUCUGUGAACAAUUCAAGUGUGUGCUCCAGAGGUUCAAGUUUGUCUUCUGCUAAGAAACAAGAGGCUGCUGCAGAAAUUGCUGCAACAAAAGCAACUUUGGAAAUAUUACAGCAACAAGAGCAUGAACUGGAAGAACUUCAAAGACUUGAGGCUGAAGAUAAAAAGAGAGUAGCAGAACAAGAAGCUGAAGCAUUGAAGCGACGACUAGAAAGAGAAGAAGAAGAAGCACGGCUACGUGUUAAGAUUGAAGCUGAAAAUGCUGCUAGACGGAAAGCAUUGGAAGACAAGCACAGAGAGCUUGAGCGCUUGGAGACACUAAAAAGGUUAAAUGCUGCAAAAGCACGAAUGCAAGUUUAUGAGCAGACCAAAGACUCCAAGGAAGAAACAAGAGAGCUACUUCGUGACUGCACAUCUGUAAUAAAGAAUAUACCAAAGUUAAGCAGCUCCGUGUUACAGAGCAUACCUCCACAGGAAAGUGUGACCAAAUCACAUCAAGAAGAAUGUACUGCAGAUCUUGUUAGGGUGUUAGCAGAGUCUAUUAGCUCAAGUCGUCUUCCUAUACCUGAACCUGCAACAUUCUAUGGAGACCCUCUCAGAUUUAGUGACUGGAAAAUCUCGUUUCAAACUCUGAUUGACAGAAAAAACAUACCAGUGAAUGAGAAGCUUUACUACUUACGCAAGUACGUGGAAGGAUCAGCUAAGAAGGCCAUUGAAAGUUACUUCCUGUUAGGCACAGAGUCAGCAUAUCAUGCAGCAUGGGCUGUACUAGAAGAAAGAUAUAGAAACCAAUUUGUUAUUGCUAAAGCCUUCAGAGACAAGCUUAAUUCAUGGCCAAAGAUUGGUUCCAAGGACAGUGUUGAGCUGAGAGAAUUUACUGACUUUCUCAGAGGCUGUGAAGCCGCUAUGUCGCAGAUUAAAAGCCUUGAAGUCCUUAAUGAUUGUAAUGAGAACCAGAAAAUCCUUUCCAAACUUUCUGAUUGGUUAGCCUCAAUGUGGAAUCGUCAGGUCAUAGAAAUUGAAGAAGAAACUAAGACAUUUCCUACCUUCAGUAAGUUUGUAAAGUUUCUAACACGAGAAGCUAAAAUUGCUUGCAACCCAGUGACAUCACUUCAUGCACUGAAGUCUAAUGAGGUUGGAAAGGGAAAGGUUUCAAGAAAUCAAGACACUAGAGCAAAAGUGUUAACAGUCCAGUCCAGUGAGAGAGCAGAUGCUUCAAAAUGUGCCUUCUGUGAGAGAUCAGGACAUGGUAUACACAAAUGUCGUAAGUUUAUGGAGAAAAAUGUUGCAGAGCGAAUCAAGUUUGUUCAAAUGAGCAAGUUAUGUUUUGGAUGUUUAAAACCUGGUCAUCGCUCAAAGCACUGUGAAAAUAGAAGUGCAUGUGAGAAGUGCCAGAAGAAACACCCCUCAUGUCUACAUGAGGAUCGUACCAAAGAAGCAAAGAGGACCCCACAAUCAGAUCAGUCAAAGGACAAGUUGAUGGAAAGAAAACCAGAUUCAAUGCAAAUGAAAGAGACCACAAGUGAAGCAACAUCCAACCGUGUAAUACAGGAUGUGAUUAACACUCAUACCUCUACAAUUGUACCAGUAUGGGUCUCUACUACCAAUGAACCAAAUCAUGAAGUUCUGGUUUACGCACUUCUAGAUACCCAGAGUGAUACAACCUUCAUCCUGGAGGAAAUAGCUCAAGCUCUUGACACUAAAAAAGAAGCUGUGCAGCUGAAGCUCUCAACGAUGGUCUCCAAGAGCACCAUUGUUCCAUGCCAGAGGGUAACUGGUUUAAUGGUGAGAGGAUUUUAUUCAGAUAAGAAGAUUGCGCUGCCAGUAACCUAUUCAAGAGAGUUUAUCCCUGCAAACAGAACUCACAUUCCUACACCAAAAACUGCAAAAGUGUGGCCUCAUCUAAUGCACAUAGCUGAGAAGAUUGCUCCUCAACAAGUUUGUGAUAUUGGCCUUCUGAUUGGCUACAAUUGCCCUCAAGCUCUCCUUCCUAGAAAAAUAGUGUCUGGUGAAGAAAAUCAGCCAUUUGCCCAAAAAACAGAUCUAGGCUGGAGCAUUGUUGGCUGUGGAAAUCCCUCUGUAGACUACGGGGAUGCUAUUGGAGUGAGUCAUCACAUCAUAAUGAAACAAGUAAUACCAAGUCUACAGUCUUCUCUCAAUCUUAAAGGGGAAGUUCAUUACAUCUGUAGAACACAAAUUAAAGAAAUCAUUACUCCACCAAAUGUCAUCAAAGCUCUUGAGUCUGACUUCAAUGAAAAGGUGGCAGAGGACAGUCGCAUUUCUCAAGAAGACCUACGUUUUCUGUCAAAAAUGAAAACAAGCAUCAGACAGAAAGAAGAUGGUCAUUAUGAAAUGCCUUUGCCUUUCAAAGAAGACAGACCAAACUUGCCCAAUAAUAAAGGAUGUGCUAUCCAUCGCCUAAAAUGCUUGGAAAAAAGGCUUAAAAGAAAUGAAAAAUAUUAUAGAGACUAUGUGGACUUUAUGAAUGAGACAAUUGCUCGAGGAGAUGCUGAGAAAGUCCCAGCUGAAGAAGCUGACAAGAACCCUGCUUGGUACAUUCCCCAUCAUGGGGUUUACCAUCCUCAAAAACCUGAGAAGAUCCGUGUAGUAUUUGAUUGCUCAGCAAAGUUCCAAGGUACAUCCCUUAAUGACCAUUUGUUAGUUGGUCCAGAGUUAACAAACACCCUUGUAGGUGUUCUCUGUCGUUUCCGAAAGGGUCCGGUGGCAAUCAUGUGCGAUGUAGAGCGCAUGUUUCACCAAUUCCAUGUGAAGGAACAAGAUCAAGACUACUUACGGUUUCUCUGGUGGGAGAAAGGAGAUCUAGAAUCCCAGCCGCAGAUCUAUAGGAUGAAAGUACACCUCUUUGGUGCAGCCUCCUCACCCGGGUGUGCCAACUACGGCCUCAAGCAUAUUGCCGCUCAAGGUAAUGGCAGCUUCAGCGAAACCUCCAUUCGAUUUAUAGAAAGGAAUUUCUAUGUCGAUGACGGAUUGACAAGUGUUUCAACUGUGGAUGAAGCUGUCAAGCUGAUAAAGGAAGCAAGGGAACUUUGUAGCACAGGAAGGCUUCAUUUGCAUAAAUUUGUAUCAAACAGUCAAGAAGUGAAAGCAUCUAUUCCGCAGAAAGAAUGUGCACAGAGUGCUAUAGAUCAUGACUUGGCUUUGGGUGAGCUUCAAAUGGAAAGGGCGCUUGGUGUGAAAUGGUGCAUCAGAUCUGAUAGCUUCCAGUUCAGAAUAUUCAUUAAGGAACAACCCCUCACCAGAAGAGGAGUUCUGUCCACUGUGGCAUCUUUGUAUGACCCACUUGGCUUUGCAGCACCCUUUAUCCUUGUUGGUAAACAAAUACUACAACAGAUGUGUCAAGAUAAAGCUGGUUGGGAUGAACCACUUAAGGAUAAUUUGAGACCAAAGUGGGAAGCUUGGCUUUCAGAUUUACAACAAUUGGCUGAUGUGAAGAUCCCGCGAUGUUAUCUACCGUCAACCUUUCAGGAAGUUCGGCGUUAUGAGCUUCAUCAUUUCUCUGAUGCUAGUGCAUCUGGAUAUGGAGAAUGCACAUAUCUCAAAGCCAUUGAUACAUCAGGAAAUGUUCAUUGUUCCUUGGUUAUGGGCAAAGCCAGAGUUGCUCCUACUAAGAUUACAACAAUACCAAGGCUGGAGUUAUCAGCGGCAGUAGUUGCUGUACAAACAAGUGACUUGCUCAGGAAAGAGCUUGAGAUAAACAACCUAGAUGAGUACUUCUGGACAGACUCAAGGGUUGUCCUUGGGUAUAUUAAUAAUGAUGCAAAGAGAUUUCAUGUCUUUGUAGCAAACCGCGUUCAACGCAUUAAACAAAGUACCGAUGCAAAACAAUGGAGAUAUGUGACUUCUGAAGAAAACCCUGCGGAUUAUGCAUCCAGAGGCCUUACAGCAGAAGAACUCAUAUCCUCCAACUGGUUUACAGGACCAAAAUUUCUGUGGCAAGAGGAAUUGCCCAGAGAUGUCAAGGUGGAAGAGAUCGUAGACAAUGACCCAGAGUUGAGAAAAGCUCAAGUUCACAAAACUCAAACAAAGGAAGAAAGUUCAUUGCUGGAUAGACUUCAAAAGUUUUCGGAUUGGUCAAGAGUGAUAAAAGCUAUUGCAAGACUUCAGCGACGUGCCAAGGAACUCAAAGAUGUAAGUCCAAGAGUUAAUGAAGCCACCAGUAUUGAAGAAAGAAAGAAUGCAGAGCUUACCAUAAUCAAAAUGGUCCAACAAUCAGCAUUUUAUGAUGAGAUCCAGAGACUCCAACAACAGAAGGAGAUUGACUCCAACAACAGCACAAACAAACUGCAUCACCUGAAUCCCUUCUUAGACGAGCAUGGUAUCCUCAGGGUGGGAGGUCGCUUAGCACAUGCUGCGUUACACCCACAUGUAAAACAUCCAGCAAUACUCCCACAACAUAGUCAUAUAUCAUUGUUACUCAUCAAACAUUAUCAUGAACGAGUGUAUCACCAGGGAAGAGGAAUGACAAUUAAUGAGCUGCGAUCAAAUGGUUACUGGAUUGUGGGAUGCAGCAAAGUAGUGUCUUCAUAUAUCUACAAAUGCACUAGGUGCAGGAAAUUCAGAAGAGGCACUGAAGAGCAAAAGAUGGCGAAUCUUCCUCCAGAACGCAUGGAAGCAACCCCACCUUUCACAUACUGUGGGAUGGACUGUUUCGGUCCUUUCUACAUCAAAGAAGGAAGAAAGGAGCUGAAGCGCUAUGGGCUUCUAUUUACAUGUAUGUGUUCCAGGGCUGUACAUGUAGAAAUGUUGGAUGAUUUGUCCACUGAUGCAUUCAUUAAUGCUUUGCGUGCUUUCAUUGCCAUACGUGGACCAGUGCGUCAACUUAGAUCGGACCAGGGCACUAAUUUUGUUGGUGCAAGACGAGAAUUUGCUGAAGCACUAAAAGAAAUGAAUAAAGAAUGCCUAAAGGAGUUCGGCUGUGAGUUCGUCAUGAACACCCCAUCAGCCAGUCACAUGGGUGGCAUUUGGGAGAGGCAAAUAAGAACAAUAAGAAGUGUCUUGACAUCCAUCCUGGAUCAAUCGGCUCAAAGGCUUGAUAGUGCCUCUCUAAGAACAUUUCUCUAUGAAGUCAUGGCUGUUGUCAAUAGCAGACCUUUAACCACAGAGUAUCUGAAUGAUUCAUCAGGUCCGCAACCACUUACACCUAACCAUAUCUUGACGAUGAAGUCUUCGGUAAUUUUGCCACCACCUGGAGAGUUUGUCAAGGAAGACAUCUACCUACGCAAGAGAUGGCGAAGGGUCCAGUAUUUAGCAAAUGUAUUCUGGUCACGAUGGAGAAAAGAGUAUCUUCUGAACCUCCAAAACAGGCAGAAAUGGCACAAAUGCAAAGGUCAAUGACAUCGUCAUUCUCAAAGAUGACACUGCUCCACGCUGUCAAUGGAAGUUAGCGAAGGUAACAGAAGUACACAGCAGUACAGAUGGCUGUGUGAGAACAGUGAAGUUAUUGAUCAGUGAUUCGACACUAGAUAACAAGGGCAAACGUGUUACUAAACUGACUUACCUUGAAAGGCCCAUCCAGAAAAUAGUUACCCUGAUUGAAGCAGAUUAAGAGCUUACCUUGUGUCUACCAUUCCUUGGGAUUCUAGGUCAUAAUAUUUGACCAAAGGUUAUGUUACUGAGUUACAAAAGUCACAAGAAAGUGCUUUGGUGGGAGUGUAACUGACAGAGAAGUCAGUUUAUGUUUUAUGCUUAUUUAAUCAUUUUUAUUAAUGUAUGUUAAAUAACUUUUCAUUUGAAACUGCUUUACCAGUGCUGUUUGAAUAGAGACUUUUAUUAUGAAAAAGGCUCAAAGUGACUCAGGAAGAAAAGAUGUCUGCAGCACCACAUGGAAGAUGAAGCUUUUCUAUGUUUAAAUGUUUAUAUUUUAUCCAUCUGGAGUUAAAAAGGCCAUCAGAUGCAAGAUUAAGUUCUCCUUUUGGUAAUAAGCAGCCAAUGAAGUAAGUUUUCAUUUAUAUUGUAUGUGAUUGAUGUGGAUUGUUUGCUAUCUGGAAAAGAGCAAUAUCUGUGCAAAGACUAUAGUUGUGCUGUUUAAAUUGAAUUUAACUCUGUUAAAAGUGUUACAAAGACAAAGUUUAUUUGUUUUAUUUAUUUAUGUCUUUAUACAGUCUUUAUUUUAACUUUAUUUUUUGUGUAUUUAGUUCUCACGGCAUUCUAAGUUGGAAGCAGUCAAUAAAUAGCCUGUCAUCAGAGAAUCCUUGUGCUCGUGAAAUUACUGGGGGGAG